AUGCGCGGCAAGCAACAAGCCUUGUCGCAACAUCAACAGAAUCCGGAAGAAUCGGCACAGCUGGGUAGCUCGGGCAACGUGCAGCAACCAGGGGGACACCUGGAGACGUUGGUCCACGUCGGCAAGGAGGUCGCGGGCGUGAAGACGAGGCCGACGACACCCGUCCUGGCGAACGACGGAGGGGGUGGCUUCUGGCUGGCCACAGUGGCCGCGGGGGCAGGUGCCCCAGCCGGGCUGCCCCCGCACGGGACCCAUCACCCAGCCAUGGAUCCAACAUGCGGAUCCGCCGAGACUGGCUUCAUCAACAGCCAACCGUCCAUGGCCGAAUUUAUGACCGCGUUGCCGCAGAUAACUGGCGACGGUAGUCUUCAACAUUCCCCGGGAACCGGAGGAUCCAUCAGUCCUGGCUCCCAUCAUCCUGGCUACCAUACGAUGAUGGACCCUCACGGUGUCGCCGAUCCGUCUGUCAACGUGCCCGAGUACCCGUGGAUGAAGGAGAAGAAGACCACGAGGAAGAGUAACCAGCAAGAGAAUGGGCUGCCGAGGAGGUUGCGAACAGCAUACACGAACACGCAGUUGCUCGAGCUGGAAAAAGAGUUCCACUUCAACAAGUACCUGUGCAGACCUCGAAGAAUAGAGAUCGCCGCGUCUUUGGACCUCACGGAAAGGCAGGUGAAAGUCUGGUUCCAGAACCGACGGAUGAAGCACAAACGGCAAACCCUGAGCAAAGAGGACGGCGACGAGAAGGACGGUUCGACGUCCGACGGGAUGGAGAAGUCGAAGAGCGAGAAGAUGUUGGCGAUCGACAGCGAGGAGAAGAAGAGCUGCCACAACUGUGAUAUCUCGACCGUGAGUGAUGUCGGCAGCACGCUGUCAGGCGACGUGACAGAGCUCAAUCCGUCUGGUCGUCGAAGCAGUAAUAGUAACAAUAAUAACACACCUACCGCGACGAACAACAACAGCAAUCCAGGCUUCAAUGCGAACAGCAACGGGGCCAGCAGCGUUGGAAGCACCAACAGUGUCUCCAGUUCCUUCGAGAAGAUGAUAGCGGACGAUGACUCGAGGUCCCAAGACGGUAGCGAGGUGACAUCUCCGAGUAUGACAGCCAAAAAGUUGCCCUCCGAUGUCAGAGUAAAGGUAGAGAGCGGUCAUAAAAGUCCGAACCCUGCAAAACAACAAAUCUCCGUUAGUAAGAAGUCCCCGUCAGCAAACACCAAGGAACUUUGCGCGGUGACCAGCAACGGUGUCCUCUUAGCAAUGCCAGAUUCUACCGUCAGCACGCCCGUUCUACCCGGUCAAAAUUCUACCAGAAGCUUAACGCCGUCGUCUACGCCAGGAACACCCGUCUCUGUUCAAUUGCAACAAGGUAGUCCGCUAGGAAUCCAAGCUACCCACGCGGCCUACAUGCAAAGACCCAGAAGCUCUCCAUCGUCCAGCAGUUCCGUGGCUGCACCAAUGAUGCACGGAUCCACCAACGCUGGCACCAUGUCCCCCCAUGCUAGCAGGAACAUCACCAGCAAUCAGCAGACCCACUUCCAACAACAAACAGUCUACCAAUCCACGUCUGCCGUCGAUUACAGAAACGGAGUGCCCACCAGGCAGACCGUACCAGCAGCCACGCAGCAGACUCCAUCGCAAAACAACUACUGCUCCCGAGAUACCUAUCAACAGCCCAGGAUCUCUUAUCCCGGUGAAGUGCACCCGCUCUAUGCCAGACAGAACCAGGUGCUGGGCUCCAGGGUAGGACACCACGUCCGCGCUACCACAGGCACAGCGUCCAGGACCAUGUACAACGCCAGUAUGCAGUUCCAUCAACAGCAGAGUCAAUACGCCAACACCAGUGGCGAAUACAAUGGGUAUCCGCAGGCGGGGCCUCCUUAUCACGCCUCGUAUCACAGAGGCAUGCAGAGUAACAACGCCUACGGUGCUGGACAAACCUACACCGCCCAGCACGAGCAGACUACCGAAAGCUACAUGGCUCCAGGAACCUACGGCUACCCCAGCACCGGCAACUACCACGGGGCCAACGAGAACCUGGCCUCCCAUGGCCACGCAGCCGUCUCCGUGCAAACCGGUCAACACUACUACAACGACAUUCAACAGCAACAACAGCACCCACAACAGCACACCGCAGAAGGCUACGUGACGCAUCAGCCCCCGAUGCAUCCCAGCUCCACCGACUACAGAGCCGGGAACAAGUGUCACCCGAAUGCCUACUACGAGCAGACCAGCCAACUGCACGUCCAUCAGGGCGGAGAGGCGUCCAACAUUCCAAACAGCUACGUCUCAUCGCCUGACCCGUUUCCAGCGCCAGGCAUGACCACCACAGCGACGGCCAUCGCGGCUGCCACCGCUGCGGUCAUCACUCCGCCUGGUAGCGCGGCUCAAGCGGACAGCAACAAUGAUUCCUACGGAAAUUACGGCAACUUUUACGGCGAACCUGUUCACACAGCCGCACCACCACCAUCCGCGGAUAACAGCAACAGCUCCUCCGACUUCAACUUCUUGACCAACCUAGCGAACGACUUCGCACCGGAGUACUAUCAGCUCAGCUGAGUUCACGAGACCGAGAAUCCUUGUCAAUUGGACUGGAGCGACGAACAGUGUCUAUUGAACGCGCUAUACUGAUCUUUCCUUAGAUCGAGAAGAGCUGGUGAUCGUUCAUUGUGAUGUGUACAUAGUUGAAAGGGAGGAUGGAUGGUCGGAUCUCUGACUAGUUCUGGAAGACUGGAAUGAAGCUGUCUUGUGGAUUUUACAAGCAGCAAACAAAUUGGCAGCAAGUGCAUUGGAAACAGUGAUCAGGACACUCUGUUCAGGAUGCAAAAUGGUGUUACAUCUCUUGAAUUGAACGUGUACGAUUGGAGGGCUACCUUUGCAGACCUGACAAGUGAUUUCAAGACUGAAGCUACGACAACGCGUGUGAUGUUUGAUCGACGCGAAACAACGGGAAGUUUAAUCGACGAAUUGUCGUUGCAGUUUCGCGUGGAUCAAUUGGAAGAGAGUCCGACGAAGCGGAACGCUCUCGAUGAUCCUUGUCCCGGCCGUCGUAAUCAUCUCCGUCCGUAAACAAUGAUCACUCGAGGAAGCUCGGUGUGAACCGGCCGGGAAGUGAACUCGAAUGGUGCACGAUUCGCAGUGGACGUAGCUGAACGAGUGUAAAUAAUUUCCAGACGAAUCGAUGGCCGAACUCGCGAGUUGCGAGUGCAGUCUUUCGAAAUACCUGCUCCUAGCUGAUUUCUUUAUUGAAAUUUCAUGAAAAUCAACCGCGAAGAGUUAAAGAAAAUUUUCGCGAGGGUGGCUAUAAAUUCACGAGCAAUAAUUCCUAGUGAGAGAAUCUGUGUACAUAAAUAGAGCCAGUGAGGGGAAAAUUAAUUUAACACUUUCGCUACUCGUACGUUUUAUAUCGAAACCGCGAAUAAAAUAAAUUUAUUCCCAAAAUUUGGUUUAGAAUGAAAAAAUGUCUUAACUUAGGUGCUAAUUUGCAUUGUACACCACCUAUGCAUUGAAGGAAUAUUGUCAGCCACAGUAGCGAAAGGGUUAACCGGAAGAAUUUUCACGCAAAGGCGAGUGGAGCACAAGUGCAAUGCGUUAGUAGUUAACUAAAGACGGAAGAUAGUCGUGUAACCGUGUACUGUAAGCAACCAGACUCGCUUGUACCCGCUUCAAAAAGGGGACAGGUUGAAAAAUGCACUCGUAACGGCACCUCUCGCGGCGAGAAUGUUUCGUGAAAAAAAUGACGGAACUUGUCGGCCGUUUGUUUCGCUGUUUCGACGUUGUUCAGGCAUUUUUAAUGUGCGAGCCAGCCGUUUACGAACGUCGACCAACCAUCGGCGCGCUUUUUUAGUUGAUACUCUGCAGUGGUAAUUUUUAACGUUUAUUUUUUACAGUACACCGUAAGACGCGAUCUCGUUUCUGCGUUAUAGACAAAUCAUUCUUUUUUUUGUUUUUUUCAUUAGCCUCUAAGAGGAUUGAAAUUUGAACGGAGAUCGUCGUCUUGGAAGGAACGAUAGGUGAUGUACGAGGAUAAGCCUCGAAUAGCUAGGAACAUUUCAUUUUCAAUAUUUAAUACACACGAUCGUCUGAUUUGUAUUAUAUGAAAACGUUUUAGGGAGACACGAUCGUUUACACGAGGACACUUCUUUGUAUAUAACGCGGCGCUUAUCGACACAUGUACUUAAACACGCAGCGACGUAUACACACACACACACAGACACGAACGCAUCUUGUAUAAUUACCAGACCGACUAUAAAAAGGGAAAAAGUGAAAAAAAAAAAUUGAUGGCGAUCAAUCGCACGUGUAUACAUUCGAUCAACAGCGCAAAAUACAGGUCGUAUCAAACUUAUCAGUGGAUUGUUUCAUCAUCCCUUUCUGACCCGCUCGCAAUUUCGUUCCCCCUCGUUCACACGGAUUAAACGGUAAAACCGAUGAUAAGUGGAAAUGGAAAUGAAAGAUAAUAAAAGAUAUCAUUAUAAAAUUAAUUUUCAGACUCGUUUACCAAUCCUUUUCUUCCCUUAUUGUAAAUAUUAACAAUAUUAACUGGAUUUGACAAUUUUAGUUGUCAGUGACGUGAAAAUGGAAACGUUAUACAGGAUCGAGAAAUACUUCUGAAUUUCAUAAUAGAUCAUGGUCGCGCUCAA